AGACAGCGGCAGAAUACACAAUAACGCACAUAAAGACUGAAGACAGACCCAGUGCCAGGAUCAAAGUUCGAUUUUCAGUUAGUUCAUGUUUUGCGUUAUUUUACUUAAUGCUUUUUAUAUCAAUCUUAUUGUUAUUAAGUUGAACAUGUCUAAAUGAUAUUGCAUAUGAAGCUGUUCCAAUGCUUCAUUUAAGCCAUUUUGCUUAUUUUCCCAAGAUCCAAGAGGCCAGAUUUUUAUCUCUGCGUUAUUGCAGAUCACACUUCAUAAACACAAUCAUUGGAGGUUAGCAACUAACAUAUUUCAGUGGGUGUGCAUUUUAUUGACUAUCCCCUCAGGAUAAGAGAGAUAGGAAAGUAACACCAGCGUUGGAGAGGGGCUGACUACGGUCAAAGUACCAGCAUAAAGGAAAAUAGUUACACACUCAUUGCCAAGAUUUACUAAGAUUUCGACAUGACAGUCUUCUUCAGGGUAACCUGAUGCGCUUACCAUUAAGUGUUGCUGGCUGUCUUUAACACAUUACACUGGGAGAUCAGUGACAAUCAGUGAGUGGAUUCCACCAUCAACGGAAUCGCAGCAUGGCUGGUGAUGCACCCGGGGACGUGAGUGACGAGAGCCAAGGAUGUGGACUCGUGGUGAGGCUCAGGAAAUUCAAGCCCAAGGAAGUUUUCACCUGGCAGUUGGCCAAGACGUUGGCCAUGGGUCAGGGUCUGGCUGGGCUCAUCUGUGGGACGGCCAUCUCCUCCCAGUACCUGGCUACGAGCUUCCAUGUGAACACACCCAUGCUACAGAGCCUCUUUAACUACGCCCUGCUGUGUGUCACCUACACCCCAAUGCUGUUCUGCAGAACAGGGGAUGGCCAUGUAUUACAGAUACUGAAGAGGCGAUGGUGGAAGUAUCUUCUGCUCGGGCUGGUGGACGUGGAGGCCAACUACACCGUGGUUAAAGCCUACCAAUACACCACCCUCACCAGCGUUCAGCUGCUGGACUCCUUUGUGAUCCCGGUCCUGAUGAUCCUGUCUUGGUGGAUUCUGAAGACAAGAUACGGUCUGGUUCACUACAUAGCUGUCUGCAUCUGUCUCCUUGGGGUUGGGGCCAUGGUGGGGGCCGACCUGCUGGCUGGAAGAGACCAAGGUUCCACCUCAAACAUCCUGCUUGGGGAUGGCUUGGUGCUGCUCAGUGCUUCGCUGUACGCCGUAUCCAAUGUUUGUCAGGAAUACACCGUGAAGAACCUCAGCAGGGUGGAGUUCCUGGGCAUGGUCGGCCUGUUCGGCACCAUCAUCAGCACUGCGCAGAUGGUGAUUCUGGAACGUAAUGAAGUGGCCAACCUCCAGUGGAGCUGGCAGGUCGGGCUCCUGUUCUCUGCCUAUGGGCUGUGCAUGUACACUCUCUACAGCUGUAUGCCCAUCGUGGUGAAGAUGAGCAGCGCCACCGCCGUAAACCUCUCCCUGCUCUCUGCUGACCUCUUCAGCCUUUUUUGCGGAAUCUUCCUCUUCCAGUACAAUUUCUCUGGGCUCUACCUGGUAUCGCUGGUGGCUAUCCUUAUUGGCUUCAUCACCUUCAACGCCGUGCCAACACCCAGGGACCUCACAGAACCCACUGCCUCCUCUCCCUCCUCCAUCUGCAAUGAAGGUUACUCUGACCACCCAGCAGCCAUCAGGAAAGACUUCCCCAAAGGGGAGGUGGCUGUGAGGAUCACUGCUGAGGAAGAGGCGCACCAAGGCCUGGGAGAGAUGGAGGACGGGUUGGAAGAAGAGCAGAAACAGAGCGGAAACACAAGAGCUUCAGGGCGAUCACAGGCUCUCGGAAGAGGGAGCAGCAAACAGGACGGUUUUGCUAUUCGACACAGCACUAAAAUGUGAACGACAGCAUGGAAAACUGUCAAUAUGUCAUGUAUAUUUACACGUGUAUUUAUUUAUUGAGACUUGAAUCUACAUACAGAAGUGGGUCGGAAUUAAAAGGAACAGAACACUAGACAAUACUGGAAAUCAUCUGUAACAAAUCUUUGUGUUAUAUGAAUAUAUAUACAUAAAAAAUAUUGUUUCUUUUUUAUUACUGGACU